GCGAGCGGCCGGAGCCGAGACGGCGGCAGCGCCCGUGGGAUGCGGGGAUCGCGCCCCCGGGGCCGCUGAGCCUGCGCCCGCUGCCCCGAGCCCUGCGCCGAGCCGAGUCCGCGUCGCGCUGCAGCCGCCCACCCCGGGGCGCGGGCCGGGGACCAGCAGCGUACCCCCAGGCAGCCUGAGGAGAGCCUGUGCCCCCAGAAGCAGGAUGAGAAGAUGGCAAACUUCCUGUUACCUCGGGGCACCAGCAGCUUCCGUAGGUUCACCCGGGAGUCCCUGGCGGCCAUCGAGAAGCGCAUGGCAGAAAAGCAGGCCCGAGGUUCGGCCACAUCACAGGAGAGUCGUGAGGGCCUGCCAGAGGAGGAGGCUCCCCGGCCCCAGCUGGACCUGCAGGCCUCCAAAAAGCUUCCGGAUCUCUAUGGCAACCCGCCACGAGAACUCAUUGGGGAGCCCCUGGAAGACCUGGACCCUUUCUACAGUACCCAGAAGACCUUCAUUGUGCUGAACAAGGGGAAAACCAUCUUCCGGUUCAGCGCCACCAAGGCCUUGUACAUCCUCAGCCCCUUCCACCCCGUGCGCAGAGCGGCUGUGAAAAUUCUAGUACAUUCGCUCUUCAGCAUGCUCAUCAUGUGUACCAUCCUGACCAACUGUGUCUUCAUGGCCCAGCACGACCCUCCGCCUUGGACCAAAUAUGUCGAGUACACCUUCACUGCCAUCUACACCUUUGAGUCUCUGGUGAAGAUUCUAGCUCGGGGCUUCUGCCUGCACGCAUUCACCUUCCUCCGGGACCCGUGGAACUGGCUAGACUUCAGCGUGAUAGUCAUGGCAUACACAACUGAAUUUGUGGACCUGGGCAAUGUCUCUGCCUUACGCACCUUCCGAGUCCUCCGGGCCCUGAAAACUAUAUCAGUCAUUUCAGGCCUGAAGACAAUCGUGGGAGCCCUGAUCCAGUCUGUGAAGAAGCUGGCUGACGUGAUGGUCCUCACUGUCUUCUGCCUCAGUGUCUUUGCCCUCAUUGGCCUGCAGCUUUUCAUGGGCAACCUGAGGCACAAGUGUGUACGUAACUUCACUGAGCUCAAUGGCACCAAUGGCUCUGUGGUGUCCAACGACCAGGUCUGGGACUCUCUGGACCUCUACCUCAAUGACCCAGACAAUUACCUGCUCAAGAAUGGCACCUCUGAUGUGUUACUGUGUGGGAACAGCUCCGAUGCCGGGACAUGUCCUGAGGGCUACCGGUGCCUGAAGGCAGGCGAGAACCCAGACCACGGCUACACCAGCUUCGACUCCUUUGCCUGGGCUUUCCUGGCUCUCUUCCGCCUGAUGACACAGGAUUGCUGGGAACGCCUCUACCAGCAGACCCUGAGGUCCGCGGGGAAGAUCUACAUGAUUUUCUUCAUGCUCGUCAUCUUUUUGGGCUCCUUCUACCUGGUGAACUUGAUCCUGGCUGUGGUGGCCAUGGCCUAUGAGGAGCAAAACCAAGCCACCAUCGCUGAGACGGAGGAGAAGGAGAAGCGUUUCCAGGAGGCCAUGGAGAUGCUCAAGAAAGAACACGAGGCGCUCACUAUCAGGGGUGUGGAUACUGUGUCGCGUAGCUCCUUGGAGAUGUCCCCGUUGGCCCCAGUCACCAAUCACGAGAGAAGGAGCAAGCGGAGGAAACGACUGUCUUCCGGGACAGAGGAUGGUGGGGAUGACCGGCUCCCCAAAUCGGACUCGGAAGAUGGUCCCAGAGCUUUGAAUCGACUCAGCCUUGCCCAUGGGCUUAGCCGGACAUCGAUGAAGGCCCGCUCCAGCCGAGGAAGCAUCUUCACCUUUCGAAGACGGGACCAGGGCUCCGAGGCGGAAUUUGCAGACGAUGAAAACAGCACCGCGGGGGAGAGCGAGAGCCACCGCACAUCGCUGCUGGUGCCCUGGCCCCUGUGCCGACCCAGUGCCCAGGGACAGCCCAGCCCUGGGACCUCAGCUCCUGGUCAUGUCCUCAAUGGGAAAAGGAACAGCACCGUGGACUGCAAUGGGGUAGUUUCUUUGUUGGGGGCAGGUGAUGCAGAGGCCACCUCCCCAGGGAGCCACCUUCUCCGCCCUAGCCCUAUGGUGCUGGACCGGCCCCCAGACACGACCACGCCAUCAGAGGAGCCAGGUGGUCCCCAGAUGCUGACCCCGCAGGCUCCGUGUGCAGAUGGCUUUGAGGAGCCCGGAGCACGGCAGCGGGCACUCAGUGCUGUCAGUGUCCUCACUAGCGCCCUGGAAGAGUUGGAGGAGUCCCACCGUAAGUGUCCGCCGUGCUGGAACCGCUUUGCCCAGCGCUAUCUAAUCUGGGAGUGCUGCCCUCUCUGGAUGUCCAUCAAGCAGAAGGUGAAGUUCGUGGUCAUGGACCCAUUUGCCGACCUCACUAUCACCAUGUGCAUUGUGCUCAACACGCUCUUCAUGGCUCUGGAGCACUACAACAUGACAGUCGAGUUUGAGGAGAUGCUGCAGGUCGGAAACCUGGUCUUCACAGGGAUCUUCACAGCGGAGAUGACCUUCAAGAUCGUCGCCCUUGAUCCCUACUACUACUUCCAGCAGGGCUGGAACAUCUUCGACAGCAUCAUUGUCAUCCUCAGCCUCAUGGAGCUGGGCCUGUCCCGCAUGGGCAACCUGUCGGUGCUGCGGUCCUUCCGCCUGCUGCGGGUCUUCAAGCUGGCCAAGUCCUGGCCCACCCUGAACACGCUCAUCAAGAUCAUCGGCAACUCGGUGGGGGCGCUGGGCAACCUGACGCUGGUGCUGGCCAUCAUCGUCUUCAUCUUCGCUGUGGUGGGCAUGCAGCUCUUCGGCAAGAACUACUCAGAGCUGAGGCACCAGAUCAGCGGCUCCGACCUGCUGCCGCGCUGGCACAUGAUGGACUUCUUCCACGCCUUCCUCAUCAUCUUCCGCAUCCUCUGUGGGGAGUGGAUCGAGACCAUGUGGGACUGCAUGGAGGUGUCGGGGCAGUCGCUGUGUUUGCUGGUCUUCCUGCUUGUCAUGGUCAUUGGCAACCUUGUGGUCUUGAACCUCUUCCUGGCCUUGCUGCUCAGCUCCUUCAGUGCGGACAACCUCACCGCCCCUGAUGAGGAUGGAGAGAUGAACAACCUCCAGCUGGCCCUGGCCCGCAUCCAGCGGGGUCUGCGCUUUGUCAAGCGGACCACCUGGGACUUCUGCUGUGGGCUCCUGCGGAGGCGACCCAAGAAACCGGUGGCUCUUGCCACCCACAGCCAGCUGCCCAGCUGCAUCGCUGCCCCCAGGUCCCCACCACCCCCAGAGGGCGAGAAGGCGCCCCCAGCCCGCAAGGAAACACGAUUUGAGGAAGACCAGCGACCCGGUCAGGGCACUCCUGGGGACUCGGAACCCGUGUGUGUGCCCAUUGCCAUGGCUGAGUCAGACACCGACGACCAGGAGGAGGACGGAGAGGACAGCCUUGGCUCCGAGGAAGAAUCCAGCAAACAGCAGGAAUCCCAGGUUGUGUCUGGUGGCCAAGAGCCUGCUCAGGAGCCCAGGGCCUGGAGCCAGGUGUCAGAGACCACAUCCUCUGAAGCUGAGGCCAUUACGUCUCAGGCAGACUGGCAGCAAGAACGGGAAGCGGAUCCCCGGGCCCCGGGGUGCAGUGAGGCCCCUGAGGACAGCUACUCAGAGGGCAGCACCGCUGAUGUGACCAACACUGCCGACCUCCUGGAGCAAAUCCCAGACCUUGGCGAGGAUGUCAAGGACCCAGAAGACUGCUUCACUGAAGGCUGUGUCCGGCGCUGUCCCUGCUGCACAGUGGACACCACACAGGCCCCAGGGAAGGUCUGGUGGCGAUUACGCAAGACCUGCUACCGCAUCGUGGAGCACAGCUGGUUCGAGACAUUCAUCAUCUUCAUGAUCCUGCUCAGCAGUGGGGCGCUGGCCUUCGAGGACAUCUACCUGGAGGAGCGGAAGACCAUCAAGGUUCUGCUGGAGUAUGCCGACAAGAUGUUCACCUAUGUCUUUGUGUUGGAGAUGCUGCUCAAGUGGGUGGCCUACGGCUUCAAGAAGUACUUCACCAAUGCCUGGUGCUGGCUGGACUUCCUCAUUGUGGAUGUCUCGCUGGUCAGCCUCGUGGCCAACACCUUAGGCUUUGCUGAGAUGGGUCCCAUCAAGUCACUGAGGACACUGCGUGCACUGCGACCCCUGAGGGCCCUGUCGCGAUUUGAGGGCAUGAGGGUGGUGGUCAACGCGCUGGUGGGCGCCAUCCCCUCCAUCAUGAACGUCCUCCUCGUCUGCCUCAUUUUCUGGCUCAUCUUCAGCAUCAUGGGCGUGAACCUCUUCGCCGGGAAGUUUGGGAGGUGCAUCAACCAGACGGAGGGCGACCUGCCUCUCAACUACACCAUCGUCAACAACAAGAGCGAGUGUGAGUCCUUCAAUGUGACUGGGGAGCUGUACUGGACCAAGGUGAAGGUCAACUUCGACAACGUGGGGGCUGGGUACCUGGCCCUCCUGCAGGUGGCGACGUUUAAAGGCUGGAUGGACAUCAUGUAUGCAGCCGUGGACUCCAGAGGGUAUGAGGAGCAGCCGCAGUGGGAGUACAACCUCUACAUGUACAUCUACUUCGUCGUCUUCAUCAUCUUCGGCUCCUUCUUCACCCUCAACCUGUUCAUUGGUGUCAUCAUCGAUAACUUCAACCAGCAGAAGAAAAAGAUACGGGGCCAGGACAUCUUCAUGACGGAGGAGCAGAAGAAGUAUUACAACGCCAUGAAGAAGCUGGGCUCCAAGAAGCCCCAGAAGCCCAUCCCGCGGCCCCUGAACAAGUACCAAGGCUUCAUAUUCGACAUUGUGACCAAGCAGGCCUUCGACGUGACCAUCAUGUUCCUCAUCUGUUUAAACAUGGUGACCAUGAUGGUGGAGACAGACGACCAGAGCCCUGAGAAGGUCAACAUCUUAGCUAAGAUCAACCUGCUCUUCGUGGCCAUCUUCACGGGCGAGUGCAUUGUCAAGAUGGCUGCCCUGCGCCACUAUUACUUCACCAACAGCUGGAACAUCUUCGACUUCGUGGUGGUCAUCCUGUCCAUCGUGGGCACUGUCCUCUCUGACAUCAUCCAGAAGUACUUUUUCUCCCCGACGCUCUUCCGGGUCAUCCGUCUGGCCAGAAUUGGCCGCAUCCUCAGGCUGAUCAGAGGAGCCAAGGGGAUCCGCACACUGCUCUUCGCCCUCAUGAUGUCCCUGCCGGCCCUCUUCAACAUCGGCCUCCUGCUCUUCCUCGUCAUGUUCAUCUACUCCAUCUUCGGCAUGGCCAACUUAGCCAAUGUAAAGAAAGAAGCUGGCAUAGACGACAUGUUCAACUUCAAGACAUUCGACAACAGCAUGCUGUGCCUUUUCCAGAUCACCACGUCAGCCGGCUGGGACGGCCUCCUCAGCCCCAUCCUCAACACGGGGCCCCCAUACUGUGACCCCAAUCUGCCCAACAGCAAUGGCUCCCGGGGGAACUGUGGGAGCCCGGCGGUGGGCAUCCUCUUCUUCACCACCUACAUCAUCAUCUCCUUCCUCAUCGUGGUCAACAUGUACAUCGCCAUCAUCCUGGAGAACUUCAGUGUGGCCACGGAAGAGAGCACGGAGCCCCUGAGCGAGGAUGACUUUGACAUGUUCUAUGAGAUCUGGGAGAAGUUCGAUCCCGAGGCCACCCAGUUCAUUGAGUAUUUGGCCCUGUCCGACUUUGCAGACGCCUUGUCCGAGCCUCUCCGCAUCGCCAAGCCCAACCAGAUAAGCCUCAUCAACAUGGACUUGCCCAUGGUGAGCGGGGACCGCAUCCACUGUAUGGAUAUCCUGUUCGCCUUCACCAAGAGGGUGCUCGGGGAGUCCGGAGAAAUGGACGCGCUGAAGAUCCAGAUGGAGGAGAAAUUCAUGGCAGCCAAUCCUUCCAAGAUCUCCUACGAGCCCAUCACCACCACCCUCCGGCGGAAGCAUGAAGAGGUGUCAGCCACGGUCAUCCAGCGGGCCUUCCGGAGGCACCUACUGCAGCGGUCCGUGAAGCAUGCUUCCUUCCUCUUCCGCCAGCAGACGGGCAGUGGCCUCUCGGACGAGGAUGCCCCUGAGCGAGAGGGCCUCAUUGCCUACAUGAUGAAUGAGAACUUCUCCCGGCGCAGUGGUCCGCCUUCCAGCUCCUCCAUCUCCUCCACAUCCUUCCCCCCAUCCUACGACAGUGUCACGAGAGCCACCAGUGAUAACCUCCCAGUGCGAGCAUCGGACUAUAGCCGCAGUGAGGAUCUCGCCGACUUCCCCCCAUCUCCAGAUAGGGACCGAGAAUCGAUAGUGUGAGCCUGGCCCCGAUAGCCGUGACACACCCUGUUGAAUCGUGACGUACCUGAAUGCAGUUAAAACCACUGUCAGCUGAGGCCUUCCUGGCUUUGGACUGUAGAGGUGACAGAUGAGCCUUGAGUUGGAGGAACCACAAGGCAGAGUUCUGUGUCUCUGCACUGAAGCCAGGAACAGCAGAAGGAACCCCUAUUGGUAGAGGCCUGUCCCCGGAGGCCUGGCACACCCUUGGAGCCUGUCUGGCCAGGCUCUGAACAGCAUCUCUCUCCCAGCCUCUGAGGUGGAAUGGAAAACACACUGUCCAUGUUGUGAACAGGCUUUCAUAGAUUUAUUAUAUUUGAUAUUUUUUUACUUGAGCAAAGAACAUCUUUUUCCAUGAACAUCUGCAGUUCACACUGCCUCUCCUUAACCCUGAACAAGAGUGUCUGCGGAGCUGCCCGGACUCUGCUCUCCAAGCUAAGUGGGAUCCAGUGUGGCUUCCUCGGGUCUUCAUGCCCCAAGGGAGGAAUGUGGUUCCUGUCAUGUGGGCUGAGGAGCCAGGAAGGCCUAAGCCCUUCACUCACACACACGUGUGCACACACUUCACACACUGGGGCCACACACAGGCCACGGGGGUCCAGGAGCCCCUUGGGCAAGUGUGAGCUGCUCCAAGGGAGACAAGUUUUUCUCCCUGGCCCUGAAGCAUGAGCUUCUUCCUGUGGCGCUCACUCUGCACGCGCGCGCACACACACACACACACACACACACACCGUUGUCCCCAGGAUCCCAUUUUCCUUUCUAUUCAGGCUCCACUGAGGUCAGUGCUAAGAAAAUUCAAAGCUUCCCGACGAGCAGCCUAGGUCUCAGACGGGUUCUGCUCCUUGUCCCUCUCCUGUAAGAGUAUUAAUGUUGGAGCCCAAGGAUAUGAGGAGGGCCAGCCCCACUCACAGUCAGGCACGGAGCUUACUCCAGGGCUGUGGCAGGCCCUGCCCACAAGCCAAGGGAAGAGAAGGCUGAUCCACGUGGGCCACUGAAUUGUGCCCAGCCAUGGCAGCUGCACAGCCCAUCUGACAAAGGAAGUGGUCUCCAUUUCCCAGGCUUCCCUGGGGUUUCUCUGCCUCUGACCGCAUAUGGAAAGGCUCUCGCUCCUCGUCAGACACUGUGGCCCUGCCUAGAGAAAGGCCCUGGAUGGUUCCACGUGGUUCUGUGGGAGGGCACAAGCCAUUGAUCCUAUUGGGGAAGGAGGCAGUGUGGCACUGGGGCUCAGCACAGGGUCUGGACUUGUCUGGACUCAGGAUCCCUGAGGGCAGGGGUCUGACCAUCCCAGGAGUCUUCCGAGAAGGCUUUUUUUCAGGGAAAAAAUAAUUUUACUCGUCCAAUUAUCCCCGUGACCUCUUCAGCUGCUGACAAUCCUAUUUAGCAUAUGCAAAUCUUUCGAUAUAGAGAAACCACUGAGGUGAUGCGAUUGGCUGGUGGAGCCUGAGCAAGCUGGGGCUCAGCUGCCCAAGUCUAGCUCUCCAGCAGAGCCACCCUCGGCUGGGGGGCACCCACCUCACAGGCCACCUCAGUCUCACCUGCCCACUGCAGGCUGGCUGCUCCUACCUACCUCGCCGAGCUGUCGGAGGGCUGGACGCUCGUGGCAGUGCCGAAGGGGGGCACUGAGGGCGAGUCAAGUAUUAUGUUUCUUUUUGCCACCUCAGUUCCCUUGGUGGCAACCAGCCCCAGCCCCACCCACCCCUGGAGACUUAUCCAGUGUCCCCAUUGAGUCCCGUGUGGGGAGAGCUGGGUUUUAACUGUCCUGGUGACGUUUCUCUGAGUGGAAAUCUUAUUUUUGUAGAUCUGUGCUUUGCUCUCAAGGCUUGGAGAGAUAUGUGUCCCUCCCUGGCACCCGAGUCGGGCUGCAUAGGCAGGAAUGUGGCCUGGGGCUGGCAGGGCUGCCAUCCCAGCUGGCCGGAAGGACACUGUGGUUUUGAGUGUGUGGAAAGCCUCGGAGCCUUAAGACAGGUGCCCGGGGCUGGCUGCAAACAGGAUGGCCAAGGGUGGGAGUCAGCUAGCCCCAACUCCUUGGCUCAGCACAGUCUCUUUUUCUAGAACGGCCCAGCGGUGCGCAGGAGGAGAGAAGAGAGUAGACAGGAGGUGGGAGGGACAUGCAUACGUGUCAGGUGUUGUCUGAAAUUAACGAGCACUUCUCACCAAGCUUCGUGUAUAAAUGAAAUACAUUAUUUUUCAAACAAACUAAUAAAUGGCUUACAUGACCUGG